AUGCCCUUCCUACCGUUGCUGGUGCUGUUGGCUGGCCUUACCUUGCUGAUUUCCCGCCGUCGAUACAAGGCAAUCGCCGACAGAGAAAGCCCUAGAGUCAUUGUUGGAGGCCAUACAUAUUCGGAGAGUGUCGGAGAUGGACAGUCUUCGACGCGCGAGGGAAAGAUUGAAUCCAUUCGUAGUGCCUGUAUCAUCGGUGCAGGACAUGUUGGAGCAUUGACGGCGAUUGUUCUCGCGUCGCAGAAUCCACAUAUCCAAUUCCAUGUCGUUGAUGACGAUGCGCGUCUGAUCACCGCGUGGAAUUCGGAUCGCUUGCCAGUCUGUGAACCUGGGCUGGAUGAGCUUGUCUUUGAGAAGGAUCAUCAUGCCGUGGCUUCGGAAAAACCAAAGAAGCAAGCUGAUCAGGAGGUUCAAAUACAUGAACCAGUUCUGUGUCAACCGCGAAUACGGAAACUGCGAAAUAUCACUUUCUCAACCAACAUCCCCGGGGGAAUAGCGGCAUCGGAUAUCGUCUUUCUCUGUGUGGACCCUCCUCUGGACAACUCAUCCGAUGACCAGACUCCCGGCCUCGACCUGACCAACCUGGAGUCCGCCAUCCGGGCCAUCGUCCAAGUGUCAAGCGGACACAAGAUCAUCGUCCACCGGGGCACAGGGCCAAGCGGGAUUGUCCCCCGAAUCAAGAAAAUGAUAAAGAGCUUACAACCGCAGCUCAAAAAAACCGCCUCCCCAUCCGCCUCCUUCGAAGUGCUCUCCAACCCCGAGUUUCUAGUCCCAGGAACCGCCAUCCGCGACCUUCUCUACCCAGUCCGAAUCAUCAUCGGCCACAUCUUUUCCGAGGACAUGUCACCCCAGGCACUAACCGCCCUGAAAGGGUUGUAUUCGUGGAUCCCCGAGGACCGCAUCGUCACCAUGGACGCCUGGUCCUCGGAACUGGCUAAGAUCGCCACGAGCGCAAUGCUAGCGCAGCAGACAAGCAGCAUCCAGUCUCUGCGCGCGAUAUGCGAGUCCACGAAUGCAAAUAUUACGCAUAUCGAGCAGACUGUAGGGGCAUUUUCUGCGUCUGGUUUUGGGUCCAAUGGAUCGAGCUUGCUCAGGGACGUCGGGUGUUUGGUUUAUUUGGCACGGGAGCUGGGGUUACAGGAGGUGGCGGAUUACUGGAGGGCAGUGCUGAGGAUCGACGCGUAUCAGACGCGGCGCCUUGCUCAACGCAUCAGUGACAGUCUACCUGGAGGAACGGAACGGAGGGAUGUCGCCAUCCUUGGAUUUACGAGCAGUUGGACCACGAUAGAGAUCGGUAAUACGAGCGCGACGCGACUGGUGCGGGAACUUAUGUCUUCUGGCGUCAAGGUGGACAUCUACAAUCCGCAUAUGCCAAAGGAGCAGAUUGAGAGAGCGCUAGGUCUUGUGAGUGGUCAUCUGGAUGCUGUCACGGUCGUGGAGGACCUGCAUGCGGCCUGUUCCGGCUGCGGUGCGGUUGUCCUGCACGCGGAAUGGGAUGAGUUCAAGGAGGAUCGUCUAGACUGGGAGAAGAUCGCGGGGGGGAUGGAGUCUCCAAAAGUGCUGUGUGACCCUCAUGGGAUGCUUGACUGGCAGAGGAUGGAGAAGCUGGGGUUCAAAGUGCUCCGACCAGGAGUCAAUUGGUGA